AUGUUUAGCUCCUACAAAAAUUCCUAUUUGCAAUUGGUAUGUGCCGUCAAUCCACGUUUACUGAACAAAGCCGUGGACUAUGCAUUGCGAAAACCAUACAGCGAUUCGCAUGAUGCCCUUCCACCAGCGCAAAGACUAGAAUCUAUGCAGCCAUCACUGUACGCUCCGCACGUGGAUAUUUCACGAGCGAAGAUAGGUUUCGGAGUUACCGGUCUCAGAGUCCUUGUAAGGCAGUUGCAUUCAGAGGAUCAUUUAGUGCAACUUCAAGCUUUGCACAGUGUUUUAGAUGAAGUUCAAAUAACUGAGCAUGCGAUGGUCCUAAUAAAUUUACACAUCGCGUAUCGCCUUAUAAACUUGAUGCUCAAUCCGGACCCAGUUAUUAAAGAAAAGAUAUGCAUGAUCCUCACUCACCUGGCGUCUUACUACCAAGGUAGAAAGCAGAUUAUGUCUAGACCUAUCAUCAUAGAAAAUCUCAUGUGGCUGAUGAUGCGGGAAAGAAAGGAGAUACGUUACGCUGCUGCCUACACUCUAAGGAAUUUAGCAAGAGACCGAUGUGCCUGCGAAAUCCUGAUGGAGAAUGAAAAAAUUGUCGACAAUCUCCUGAAAACAAUCAAAAAUGAUCAUAAAGGGAUUAUUCUGUUGCAUUUAAAGACAUUAACAAACCUUGCAGAAUGGGAUCCUGUCAUACCGCUAAAGUCCAACGCUUUUCGUAUCAUGCUAGUGCUGUUUGAUGAUUUUGAUCCAAGAAUAGUGGCCGGUGCGAUGGAUUGCAUGACCCAGCUUUGCAAGCACGACGUCGGAAAAAUACUGGCCGACGAGAACGAUUUAGUGUUUAAAUUGAAAAAGUAUUUAACAUCAAAACACAUUGAAAUCAUAAUCAGCGCUGUGUGUCUGUUGAAUUAUACAACUUUGACGACGCGUUCAAAAUGGCGGGCUAAGGAAUGUUGUUACGAACUCACGAGACUUCUCGUAAAUUUGUGCCACGUUCCAAACUUGCCGCCUUUACAAAUAAACGCUAUGCAUGUCUUAAUUAAUCUUUGCGACUGCCCCGACGUUAGGUAUCAUUUGAAAAAAUAUUGGGAGAACAAAAUAAAAGCAAUCAGAAUAAGGACGGACGAACAAUGGGAUGGAACGAGUGAGACGACGAGUUACGGAUUCGAAACAGGACAUAAUUACAGGACUAUGUGUAUAGAAGGCGUGGAAACGAUUAAAAACGAUGGCGGCAAUGAUUUGGAAUGCCUUAACGUAUCUAGUUACCUGCGCAGAGUCUGUGAAGUGAAGGAGAAGUUGAUUCGUGCCAUUAAUUGGAAAUGUUACAAGGAUUAG